AGACGAUCUCAUAUUAAGGAUAAAUAAAAUAGAAAGAGAAUGAUGGGUGGCAGUCGGAGAGUAGCCGUUCUCAACCUCCAAUCGGGCUUCUUGAACCACCGCACUUCACGGAGGAAGAUAUUUUCCAUUUCAGCUACAGAGCAGGUCCAGUCCAGUGUCCUCCCCUCCAAUGGAGACCCUUCCAAGGGUUUUAUGUUUCACCGCCCGUAGCAGUGUCAACUUCCCAUUUCCCGCGCCGCAGCCUCUUCUUUUCCCUACAGUCGCUCCCAUUCUUCGAACUCAUAGACCCAUUUCCAUUGGACUCCACACUGUCUCCGUCUUGAGAAGUCCUCAUCCAGUGACUGAACCUGCAGGAGAAGAAAUCCUACUGUCAUUCUUUAAGGAGAGAGAAUUAAAUGGAGAUUUCAUAUCAAAAGCUUUAGAUAUACUUUGGCGGAGAGAGGUUAUGGAGUCUAUCGAUGUUGAUGCUGACAUGUCUGUUGAUGCUCCUCAACGCACAGAAGAGGUGGUAGAGAGGCAAUAUGAUGGUGGAUUCUUGAAAUUGAAAAAAACUCAUGAAUGGGUAUUAGGCGAUAAUUCUGCACCAAUCAAUAGAAAAGCUAUCACUAAGGCACUGCAGGAUGACAGUGAAAGACGGAAGAGACUGAACCUUCUAAAAUAUGAAGCUCUCAAGAGGGAAAUGCUACUCUUGUCUGUUGGUAUUGGAACUGCUUGUAGUGGGUAUUGUUUGUUAGCUUUAUCAGUCCAGUCUCACAUGGUUUCUUUCUGUUAUUUUAAUCAAUGUCAUUUUCAAUGCAGUUGCUUGUACCUCCUACUCUUGUACCAACAUGCAGACAACCUAUGCAUGGAGACAGUUCCUCAGAUUUUCAGGCAAAAGAAGUCAAAGAAAAUUGGAAUAAGAAGUGAGGACCUGAGGGCUUUUUUAGAGAGAUCAGUUAAGGGUAGCAGUCUAGCUCUUUCUUCCCCAAGGCUUGUGAUCCCAGCAGCUAUUUUUGGAUUAUGGAUCCUGUCUCAUCAGCAUUUUGCCAGAGAUUUCUUUGAUUUCCAGCUUGUGCCAGCCAUGAUGGGGUUGUUUGCCUAUAAAGCAGCUGCUUUGGUUCAAGUUUAUAGGGACAAUGAAGACCUAAAGUUCAUUUUUGAAAAUAGUGGGGACUCGAGUGACUGAAAAAAAACGUGUUUAGACCUCGACACACCCUCUAUUUCAAUGUGCUUGUCAUUCAAUCUUGUAGAUAAUGUUUCAAGGCAACAAACAAUAGCAAUGAAAUAGAAAAAAAAUUCAGGUUUAAUAGUUGAAGAAGAAGAAAA